AUGCCUGAGCGCCUGAACGCAUUACUCAUCCUUUAUCUUAUCAGCACGAAAAAUGUCCCCACCGAGGGGAACAAUUCGCCGUUCGACUUUCCUUGGGAUUACUCGAACAUUUUCAAUAUGCCACUGAUGGAGUCUGAAGCUGCUCCAGUGGAGCCCUCGAAUGAGCUCCCUGAUCGCCUGCCAUUCCCACCUACUACCUACUCGCACAUCUUGCAUUGCUCUUACCAUGACUGGCAUCGAAGAUAUCGCUCACUUGCCCCCAAGUCGCGCGUCAUUCCACUGACAACUCCAUUCGUCGAAUAUCUCCGCGCCGACGGGAUCGUUCUUCCGCCGGAAGCCGUCGCUCCAACUGAAGAUUCCCAUCUCGACGACGAUUAUUCUGACUCUGGUGAAGAGGAAGCCGACCCAUCUGCAGAAUGGCAGGGUAUCCACAAUAAGAUCAAGGAUACAAUCGCCGAAUUUGGAGGCAUCGUCACCCCGAAAUUGAACUGGAGCGCGCCCAAAGAUGCAACCUUCAUGAAUGCCACAAAUGACACUCAAUGCCGCACGCCGAAUGAUAUAUACCUUUUGCUGAAGAGCAGUGAUUUUAUCACCCAUGACUUGGAUCAUCCAUUCGAUGACUGCGUCCCGGACAGCACCGAUGAAACCACGCCAUCUACAGUGGACUCCCCACUGCCGGAAGUUCCAUACUCCCUCGUUCUCCGCAAAUACGUCAACUUCAACCCCUCUCUGGAGUUCCGCUGCUUCGUCCGGAACCGUGUCUUGCUGUGCAUCACCCAGCGGGAUCAGAACCACUUUGACUUCCUCUUCCCCAUGCGCGACAUGCUCCGCUCGCGAAUCCAGUCGUUCUUUGACGACAAGCUCAAAGACACUUUCCCCGAGUCGAACUUCGUGUUUGAUGUAUAUCUUCCACAGCCACACACGCGUGUCUGGCUCAUUGAUAUCAAUCCCUGGGCCCAGCGGACAGACCCGCUGACCUACAGUUGGUUGGAGAUUCUGCAAAAGAAGGAUCCCAUCGGCGUGCAAGAGGACGAUGGAGUUGAAGAAUUUGUGAGAAUCUCGUUGCACGAUGGCAAGAUUAUUACUUCUGGCACGGCGGAGGAGCUAGAUGGCGAAGAUGAUGGUCCAAGUUCUUCCGAGUCAGAGACGGAAGACGAUCCUGAGGGUGAUGACGACCAGGCCCCCCUUCCUCCCUGA